AUGAAGAAGAAGUUAAGUAAAAAAGUAGAACGCAUACACAUUCGUAAUCACGAUGCUAUUUUGGAAUUUCGUUUAAAUUCAAAUUCUUACUUAGACACUCGUUUCAAAGUAUUGUUCAUUAUAUCAUUCAUAUUUAAGGUGCGAAAUGGUGUCAUACUUGAAAAUUUACAUUUCACUAGUCGCAGACAGAUUUAUAUCCAUGAAAAAAAAAACUUAGAUUGGGGUUCAAGUUGCUGCUGUUUAAAGUGUCUAGAACAUUGUCGCAUGGACUUUGUUUUUAGAUCUUCAUGA